CUACCUGUGACGUGGGGUGCGCGUGUAGAGGGACGUGCACGCGCGCCGGAUCCCCAUCACAAACCAAGAUGGCGGCGCAGCGGACAGCCGACCCGGCUCAGUGACGGACGGACCGGAGACGAAGGACAGAUAACGGUUAUCAGCCCCGGGGAUUAAAGAAGAGGACCGCAAACAACACCUGUUACACCCCCCCAGUCCCCCCCCCCCCUCCUCCUCUCCGUGACCGACGUGAUGAACCAGCGCCGCUAGAGCCACACCGGAGGAGAAGUUGCGUGCCGUCCACCAGCGAGGGGCGGGGAUGGGCCAUGAUGGAGGACAAAGGGCCUCGUGUAGCCGACUACUUCGUGGUGGCCGGUCUGACGGACCCGUCCAAGCCGCUGGACCAGGAGAUCCACUUUGACGACGUCUGCCACAAGUCGGCCAAGCCCAGGGCGCCCAUCACCGACGUGGCGGUGGUGAUCCGCUCCUUGGGCGAGGAGGUGCCGCCGGGCUUCACCUGCGUGGAGGAAACGCCCGGCGGCCACUCGGCGGACCUCAACAACGGCGGCCUCAUGGCGCCUCAGAUCUUCCUGUGCUACAGGCGAGGCCGAGACAAGCCGCCGCUCACCGACCUGGGCGUGCUGUACGAGUGGAAGGAGCGCCUCAUGCCGGGCUGCCAGCUCAUCCAGACCACGGCCUCGGGUCGCCCCGCCAACGUCAGCGGCAACUCCUCCCAGCGCGUCUACGUCACCUACCGCCGGGCGCCCGAGAGCCGCCCGCACUCCGCCCUCGCCGUCACCGACGUCUGCGUCAUCAUCCCCAGCAAGGGGGAGGCGCCCCCCCACACCUUCUGCAAGGUGGAGAAGAACCUCAACAGCAGCAUGUGGGGCUCCUCCGUCUACCUGUGCUACAAGAAGUCUGUGGCCAAGACCAACAUGAUUGCCUACAAAGCAGGUCUAUUCAGCAGGUAUCCGGAGGAGGACUACGAGUCCUUCCCUCUGCCCGAGUCCGUCCCCCUCUUCUGCCUCCCCAUGGGGGCCACCAUGGAGUGCUGGCCCGCCACCACCAAGUACUCCCUCCCUGUGUUCUCCACCUUCGUCCUCACCGGGGCCUCCGCAGACAAGGUCUACGGAGCGGCCAUCCAGUUCUACGAGCCCUUCCCUGAGGAGUGUCUGAGCGACCAGCAGCGCUCCCAGCUGGGUCUGCUGGGCCCCGACCCGCAGCCGCCCUGCACCACCGCCCCCACCGCCCCCACCACCUCCACCGCCCCCACCGCCCUCACGCGCUCGGUGCACACCAACAAGUGCAUCUGCCUGCUCUCCCAUUGGCCCUUCUUCGACGCCUUCCGCAAGUUCCUCACAUUCCUCUACCGCUACUCCAUCUCCGGCCCCCACGCGCUGCCCAUGGAGAAGCACAUCUGUCAUUUCAUGCACAAAGUUCCCUUCCCUUCCUCUCAGAGGCCUCGCAUUCUGGUGCAGCUCUCCCCCCACGACAGCCUGAUGCUCAGCCAGCCGGUGUCGUCUCCUCUGCCGCUCAGCGGCGGGCGGUUUUCCGUGCUGCUGCAGAACCUGGGCCCGGAGAACGCCGUCACCCUGCUGGUGUUCGCCGUCACCGAGCACAAGAUCCUGGUCCACUCGCUGCGGCCCGCCGUCCUGACCAGCGUCACCGAGGCCCUGGUGUCUAUGAUCUUCCCGUUCCACUGGCCCUGCCCGUACAUUCCUCUGUGCCCGCUGGCGUUGGCCGACGUGUUGAGCGCCCCCUGUCCCUUCAUCGUGGGGGUGGACUCCCGCUACUUUGACCUGUAUGACCCCCCGCCCGACGUGAGCUGCGUGGACCUGGACACCAGCACCAUCUUCCACAAUGAAGAUAAGCGAGCCCUCACCUGGAAGAUCCUGCCCAAGAAGGCCUGUAAGAACCUGAUGAACGUGCUGAACCUUCUCUACCAGCAGCUGCUGGACGGGCAGCAGCGCUGCGACGGGCAGCUGGAGCUCAGCGCCUCCUCGGAGCUGAGCUGUGGGAGGAGCCUCCAGGCGCUGGAGCUGGAGAUCCAGGAGGCCUUCCUGCGCUUCAUGGCGGGCAUUUUGAAAGGCUACCGCUCCUUCCUGCGACCCAUCACCCAGGCGCCCUCGGAGAAGGCCACGGACGCCAGCUCGCUCUUUGACCUGCAAGGGUUCCUGAAGAGCCGCGACCGCUCACACCAGAAGUUCUACUCGCUGAUGACCAAAACCCAGAUGUUCAUCCGCUUCAUUGAGGAGUGCUCCUUCGUCAGCGACAAGGACGCCAGCCUGGCCUUCUUCGACGACUGCGUGGACAAACUGUACAAUUCAGAGCGAAGUGGAGACAAAGGAGGAAAGGUGGAGGGCGAGCGAGCAGAGGAGAGCCGGCUGAUCGAGACCGACGAGUCCCAGCGCAGCGAGCACACGGUGUUCAUCACGCCCCCCGAGCUGCCCCCCCUCCCCGAGGGGGCGGAGCACCCUCUCUGCUACAGGUACGAUGGUUUCCCCGUGUUGAGUCUGGACCUGUUCGACCCCCUGGAGGGCCUCAGGACCCCCACCUCCCGCCUCGCUGCCAGGCACAGCUGCCCCACAAGCCCCGCCCCCAUGUUCAGACGAACCAAGCAGGAGAUCAAAUCAGCCCAGAAGAUAGCCAGGAAGUACUCGUCCGUACCCCAGCUGUGGUCCAAGUGCCUCCUGCGCCACUGCUACGGCCUGUGGUUCAUCUGCCUGCCGGCCUACGUGCAGGUCUGCCACUCCAAGGUGCGGGCGCUCCGCACGGCGUACGACGUCCUGCGGAAGAUGCAGGUCAAGAAGCUGCAGCCCCCCGACGAGGUCUGCUACCGGGUGCUGAUGCAGCUCUGUGGACAGUAUGGACAACCCGUGCUGGCAGUGCGGGUCCUCUUUGAGAUGAAGAAGGCCGGAGUGCAUCCCAAUGCCAUCACCUACGGCUACUACAACAAGGCCGUGUUGGAGAGCACGUGGCCCUCCAGAACCAGAGGGGGCUACUUCCUGUGGAUGAAGCUGAGGAAUGUGGUUCUGGGCGUGGCUCAGUUCAAGCGGGCGCUACGUCGGCAUGCUCCGAUUACCCAGAAUCCUCUGUCAGACGGCAGCGACCUGGACGCCGUGAGUCAGGCCAGCCUGGAGAUCUCCGCCGACGCCCCCCUGGCCCGGGUCGACCCGGCCGACGACGGAUCCAGCACAGCGGGACGUGGGGGCGGCUGCGUGGUCGACCCACGGCGGGGGGGAUGGGCGCCCGGAGGAGCCACCCCCCACCCAGGGGACCAAUCAGAUCUGGGCUACAACUCUCUGUCCAAAGAGGAGGUCCGGAGAGGAGCUGCGGACCACAAGAAGGAGAGCGACUGCAGCUCCCUGUCGGAGUCGGACAGCACCAAGGGGAGCAAGGACCUCCUCCCCCAGCUCGACACGGAGCUCCACUCCUCCUUCAGACCCCGCGGCAUCGUGCGCAGCAGCUGUCCCUACAGCGACGCCUCCUGCAAACCCAGGAGCUCCGCCAGCGCAGGCCACGUGGCGGGCCUCCUCUUCACCUCCUCCCUGGGGGAGAUCGGCGAGGUCCGCAGCGACAGUCUGCUGAGGAGACACGUGGUGGGCGGGGCCUCGGGCCCCGACUGGCAGGCGGCGAGGGGCCGGCGGCUGAGCGGCGACAUGGCGGGCGGCGGCGUCUUGGACCGGGGGGAGGCGGGGCAGCUCGGCGCCGACGUUAAGAUUCUUUCCGCCGCCAGCUUCAGCGAGAGGCCUCGCUCGCUGGCUGUGGGCGGGGCGUCCUGCAGGGAGGGGCACGAGGAGGGGCGAGACUCCAGCGACGAGGACCGGGCCAAUGCGGACACCAUCUUUGAUCUCGAGGACCUGGAUCUGGACAAACCCCCCGCGGGGGGGGCGAGGAGGGCAGUGGAGCGUAGCGUCAGCUACGGCGGCUCCGUGAGGCGCACGGACAUCCGGGCGGGCUACGACCCGCUGUCCCUGCUGGCGGCAGAGCGCCGGCCCCACGAGGACCGUUACCCUGGGGGGGGCGAGGUCGGCACGCCGAGCGCCCGUGGGCACCUGGCCCGGGAGAUCGAGCUCUACAUGAACCACAUGGGCAGCCCGCUGAGCAGCCGCACGCCCAGCCUGGACCUGCAGGACGACGGCGGCCCGCUGCCCCCCCCCCCGGCCCCGCUCUCGGGCCCCCGCAGGGCCAGCCUGCCCCACGGCUCCCCCCUCAGGGCCGCCGGAGUGCCGCGCUCGCGCACCUUCCACCCGCCCUCGCCCUCCCGGCCCGUGCCGCGCCAGCGCCUGCAGUCCUCGCCGUCCUGGCGCAGCUCCGGCACCACCACGCCCAGCGCCAGCCCCCGCCCCAGCCCCCGCCCCAGCCCCCGCCCCAGCCCCCGCAGGGACAGGGCGGAGCGGGGCAGCCUGGCGUCGCCCUCCUCCUCCUCCUUCGCUCUGGACACUCUGCUCACGCCGACGCUCGACGUGUUCAGAAGCAGCGUGUUCUCGGGCGUGGCGGAGAAGGCGAGCCGCUGGUACUCGCGCCUGUCCACGUACACCACGCCCACCAAGGACGCCCACAGCGACCUCCUCGGGGAUCCGGACCGCUCCUCGCUGCUGGACGAGGAGGCCUCCGAGGGCACCGUCACCUCACCGCAGAGGAACGGCCCCCCGGGGCCCCGCAGGAGGAGCCCCCGACGCAGCGUGCUGGACAGCACCUCCCCCCUGGGGAGGCCCACGUCGCUGCUCCCUGGAUGCGUUUUCUCGCCUCCCGGCUUCCCUCUGAGCGACCAGUCGGACCUCGGCUCCUCCCACUGCACCAGCAACACCAGCAGCUUCAACAACUACGCCAUGGAGCUGCUGAUCUCCAGCUGCUCUCGCUGUAAGACGUGCGACUGCCUGGUGUACGACGAGGAGAUCAUGGCCGGCUGGACGGCGGACGACUCCAACCUGAACACCACCUGUCCCUUCUGUGGGAACCCCUUCCUGCCCUUCCUCCACGUGGAGGUCCGGGACCUGAGGGGGCCCGGCAGGCUCUUCCUGAAGGGCAGCGCGUCGGUGAAGGAGGCCACGACCUCGUCGUGCUCCGCCUCCACGGGUCUGGACACGGGCACCUCCACCCUGUCCACCCCGUGUCCCACCACAGCCGUCUUCCCCCCCUCCCCCGAGGGUCCGGGGAGCAGGAGGAGCCGACCCAGCAGAGCUCAGGGCAUCAGCAUCCCCCCCCCGGCCCCCGGGGCCCCGAUGGCCCGCAGCGCCAGUGCCUUCGGCCCUCUGGACGGGGCGCCACGCCUCCACCGCGGCGUGCCCGCGUCGGGCAGCCUGCCCAGCCGACUGAACGACACCACGGACCCGCUGAACAUGGAGUGGCGGCUGCACCACCCUGAGCCGGUGACGGUGCCCUACCUGAGCCCGCUGGUGCUGUGGAAGGAGCUGGAGAGCCUGCUGGAGAACGAGGGCGACCCGGUGAUCACGGAGGGCGACGUGGUGGACCAGCACCCCAUCAUCUACUGGAACCUGGUCUGGUACUUCAGGAGGCUGGACCUGCCCAGCAACCUGCCGGGCCUCAUGCUCACCUCAGAGCACUGCAACCGGGGCUCGCAGGUCCCUCGUCACUGGAUGUCCGAGGACAGUAAGCACGUGCUGAUCCAGAUGUUGUGGGACAACCUGAAGCUCCACCAGGACUCGGUCCAGCCGCUCUACAUCCUCUGGAACACCUUCAAUGUGGGGUACCCUCUGACCUGGCCGGUCCCCGAGGAGGAGAAGCCCUUCAGUGAGGAGCUGCUGCAGAGCGUGGUGAGGAGCAUCCAGAAGAACGACGUGGGCCGGCCGAUGGCUCAGCUGCUGCAGCUGCUGGCGGACACGCUGGGGGUCAAACGGCAGAGGAGUCUGUACAGAGACGUCCUCUUUCUCUCCCUGGUGGCUCUGGGGAAAGAUAACAUCGACAUCGACGCCUUCGACCGCGAGUACAAGUCGGCGUACGACCGCCUGGCGCCGGCUCUGGUGAAGCUGACCCACAACUGUGACCGCCCCCCCGGCACCGGGGUCAUGGAGUGCCGCAGGACGUUUGGAGAGCCUUACCUGUAACACGCACACACACACACACACACACACCUGGACUGUCCUCGAACACUGUGAACGUUUCAGAGGAAACUCUAGUUGUCGUAAAGAAGUGGAAAAACUAAAAUGUAAAUACUCAGCGGAGGAUCUCCAUCCAUCCAUCGAUCCAUCCGUCCAUCCAUCCAUCCAUCCAUCCGUCCAUCUGUCCAUCCAUCCAUCCAUCCAUCCAUCCGUCCAUCCAUCCAUCCGUCCAUCCAUCUUCAAAGUGCUUGUCCUGCAGGGUCGAUCCUCUGGACGAGAGACGGGGAAACGGGAUAUCGUCCUUUAUGAAUUCAGCAUUUGUACAAAGACUAAUGUUGAAAUACUUUAACUUGAAGUCUAUUUAAACAAAAUAAGCUUUAUUUAUUGUUGUGUGUGUUUUUAAGUUUUUUUGUGUUUUAUCUGUCAGAGAAACCAAGAAAAAAGGUUUCAAUCAAAGCCGCAGUGAUCAAUAAACCCUGAAUAACAUCCUUUUAACACUUCAAGGACAAAACAAGUGAAUGUUUUAUUAUAAGUAAAUUAGUCUGUUCGUUCGGUAUCUGAAGAUAAAAAAUUGCUGUGCUUCAUCAAACUGAUCAACGAUCAAUGUUUCAUUUUAAUGUUUGUUUACUAAAUCAAAAAUGCUUUCCUUUACUGCAAAUAAAAGCUCAAGUAGCUUCAGGAAGUAGAAACAGGAGCAGUCAGGUGAGAGCUCUUAUUGUUUAGGUCAUUUAAUCUUAAUAUGCAUCAUUAUAUAACAUGUUCUCAUUCAUGGUCUAAAUGAAGACUUUUUAUGACUUCCAUGUGAAACACUUAGAGAAAUUACUCUAAAGAAACUAAGAUCUCAGAAAAAUCUGAUUGUUCAAUUUGAACUUUUAUGCGGUUACACUAUUUUAUGAAUAUUAACAAUUCAAUAUAUUUGAUGAGCUUCUGUCAUUUCUAAAGUUUCAGCAAUUUUUUCAUCUUUGCUUUGUGAAUUUCUUUUUUCUCAAUUUGAUAUUUUUUGGAAACUCGCAUUGAUGUUUUGUAAAGAAAUGAAAAAAGAGACCCAGCAAAUGGUUUUAAAUUGGAUCAAACAUCCAAAUGUUCCACUUUAACAUGUGGGACACUUAAAGCGUUUAAUCCUGUGUAAGAAUUUGUGUUUCAUAAAUUACAGAAAACAAAAUCACAUACACAGAUGUGUAAAAUGUCCUUUUAGGUGUGACAGCGAUCAGAUUCUACCUGUGAAUUAAAUCAAUGAAACUCAUCACACUUCCUCUUUUUGUUCUCAUGAGACACCAAAGGUUCCCUGUGCAGCUCCUGUCCUCCUGAGGGGGGCGCAGUGGGGCAACCGUUGGUAACGUCUUUUCUAAACGGGGGGGGGCACGUGUCCUCUACACACACGU